ACCGACUCAGGGACACAAGUAGCAGACUCAUCCCAAUACCUGGUAAUCCUUCUUCUCCUCCUUUCCUUUUUCUCAAAUGGGUCUUUCAGAUUAAACUAAUCCCAACAACAACAACAUGCGCAAUCGAUCUCUUACAACUUCUAUUGCUUCCUUGAGAAGCCUAUGCUUCGCCCAGAGCCCUGUGUCUUAUAUAUAUGAAUAUGUUAGGCCCCCAAUCGAACCCAUCUCGCAUCUUCCAAAAUACAACCCAUUAUUCCCAUGUUUACCCGCCCCUUCUUCCAAUUUGUUCAGAUUAGCGCAACCCUCUCUGCGUCUUUUUUGUUCGGAGAGUGUUACAGUGGGUCAAAGUUUUGAAUGUGUUGGGAGUGGUAAUGCUUUAGAAGGUGAUGUCGAUAAGCUUUUCGAGAUUAUUACGGAUAAUGCCCAGCCACAUUGUGAUAUGGAGAAAGCUCUCAACCUAGCUGGUGUACCAUUGACUACUGAUUUGGUUGUUCAGGUGCUUCAUAGGUUUCGUUUCGAGGAGAAACUAGCUUUUAGGUUUUUCAUGUGGGCGGGCCAAAAGGAAAACUAUGAUCAUGAAGCUCAGGCGUAUAAUGAGAUGAUUGAUAUAUUGUCGAGUACCAAGUACAAGGUGAAGCAGUUCCGAAUUGUUUGUGAUUUACUGGAUUAUAUGAAGAGGCAUAACAAGAGUAAGGUUCCUGUUGAGGUUCUCAUAACAAUUUUGAAGCAGUACACGGAGAAGCAUCUGACCUAUCUGCAGAAAUUUGCCAAGAAGAAGAAGAUAAGGGUGAAGACGCAGCCGGAGAUCAAUGCCUUGAACUUUCUAUUGGAUGCCCUGUGCAAGUGCAGUCUCGUACAGGAUGCCGAACUGAUGUUAAAGAGGGUGAAGAAAAAUAUCAAGCCUGAUGCGAAUACAUACAACAUUUUGUUUUUCGGUUGGUGUAGAGUUAGGAAUCCGAGUAGAGGAAUGAGGUUACUGGAAGAGAUGAUUGAAGUGGGUCACACGCCUGAUAAUUUCACUUACACUACUGCCAUUGAUGCCUUUUGCAAAGCAGGGAUGGUUACCGAGGCAGCUGAACUUUUUGAGUUCAUGAGAACAAAAGGUUGUACAAUUUCUUCUCCUACUGCAAAAACUUAUGCAAUCAUGAUUGUGGCGCUUGUGGAGAAUGACAGAAUGGAGGAGUGCUUCAAACUUCUGGGACAUAUGAUAAGUAGUGGCUGCCUUCCUGAUGUUUCUACAUACAAGGAACUACUCGAAGGGAUGUGUUUGGCUGGAAAGGUCGAGGAGGCCUACAAGUUCUUGCAGGAGAUGGGAAACAAAGGUUACCCUCCCGAUAUAGUUACUUAUAAUUGUUUUCUAAAGGUGCUAUGUGAGAAUAAAAAGGGUGAUGAGGCACUGAAGCUUUACGGGAGAAUGAUAGAUAUAGGUUGUAUGCCUAGUGUGCAGACUUAUAAUAUGUUGAUUUCAAUGUACUUUGAGAUGGGUGAUCCUGAUGGGGCAUUUGAGACUUGGCAUGAGAUGGAUAAGAGGGGCUGUGCACAGGACACUGAUACUUAUUGCAUGAUGAUUGAAGGGCUUUUCGGUUGCAAUAAAGUGGAAGAUGCGUGUUGUCUCUUGGAGGAUGUGGUGAACAAGGGAAUGAAAUUGCCAUAUACCAAGUUUGACUCCUUUCUAAUGCAGCUUUCUGUGAUUGGUGAUCUUCAAGCCAUCCACAGACUUUCGGAGCAUAUGAGAAGGUUCUAUAAUCCUUCUAUGGCAAGACGCUUUGCAUUGAACCAGAAGCGGAGGAGCAUUAGUCUGAGGGAGCACUAAUAACAUUACUGCUAAAGAAGGGAAUGGGCUGAAGGAGCCAAAAGCACAUGAGCAAUUUGAGAAGAAUUUGAUGCUGGAGUGAAUGUGGUUUUUUUUGUUGCAAUUAACAAGGAGUAAGUUCGGCUGAGGUCAAAUGUUAAAUGUUUCAGAGUUCAUUCCUACAUGAACGGGAAAUAUGGAAGCAGGCUUUGUAGAGCUGCUAGGAGAGAGUGAAUCUAUGUAAUUGUCACAACUAGAAGCCAAAUUUUGGUGAGCAGAAAUCAGAAAUCCAAGCUCAUGAGUGAUUCGAUUUUA